AUGAAUUCGGAGAAAGCGGCGCUGAAAGGUGUGGUUCUGGAUGAGAAUGAUGUGGCGGAGGCUGCUCUGUAUCUUGCGAGUGAUGAGGCGAAGUUCGUCAGCGGGGUUAACCUUAUGGUUGAUGGCGGAUUCAGCUUGAGGAGCGCCUAG